CCAGAAAGCCAUCUACCCCAUCAGGGACUGGCGAGGAGCGAGUGAUCAGUGGACGUUCCUGGAAUACGUUCAUUUAGACACAUUUUACAGAAACUCCGUCGGAUAUAACAAGAACAAUUCGACAACGACAGGGCCGUCUUCUAAAACAAGAAGAAUAUAUACCGCAUUGCUCCCAAAGCCAUGGCUGAUCACAUGAUGAUGCCCAUGACUCACGGGUCUGCCGGCGGGGGCCUGCACAGUUACCGCAUGGGGAUGAACGGGCUCCCUCAGCACCAGCCUGCCCUGCGUGGCCUGCCCACCGGCCAGCUGCCGCACUACGGCCGGGUCCAGCACGGUCCCAUCGAGGUGGGCAUGAGGCAGCGGCCUGGCAUGGGCCCCGUGAUGAACGCUGGGCACAUGGGCGGGCAGAUGGGCGGCGGGCACCACCACCAGAUGCAGGCGGCGGCUGUGAUGUACGGCCAGCAGACGGCACAGCACCCGCACGCCCAGGCACCGCACCACAUGCAUGCGCCCAACCAGCCACAGCACCCGCAGCAGUACAUGGGCGGUGGCAUGAGCACCUCACAGCAGCUCAUGGCCAGCAUGCACCUGCAGAAACUGAACACGCAGUACCACGGCCUGCCGCUGGCCCAUCCUGGCAGCGGGCAUCACAUGGGCGGCGGGGGCCAGUACAGGGCGGGCCCCGUGCAGCUGCCGGGCAUGCAGACGGGCAUGGGCACGCCAACACUGGGCCUUAAUGGCAUGGACAUGGACCUGAUCGACGAGGAGGUCCUCACGUCGCUCGUACUGGAGCUGGGCUUGGAUCGGGUGCAGGAACUGCCCGAGCUCUUCCUGGGUCAAAACGAGUUUGACUUCUUCGCGGACUUUGUGUGCAAGCAGCAGCCAAGCACUGUCAGCUGCUGAGCAGCUGACAGGAAGCGCUCUCACUUCACGUCUGCCCAAGUCAUCGAAGGGUUGGUUGCUUAUAUAAUGCUGAGGACAUGACAAGAGAAGUCUUUCUGGUCCCAAAUGACUUUAAUUGUUUGUAAAGUCAUUAUAUAUA